UUUUUCAUGUAUUUUUGCAGGUUAAGUUCAGUGAAUUUGUUGCCAGGCAUAUUGGAGAGAUGGAAGGCGUAUUGCUAGAAGCUGAGACAGGAGACUACCUGGGAAAUCAUAGGGGCUUUUGGUUUUAUACUAUUGGACAGCGCCAAGGUCUCCGCCUUCCUGGAGGACCUUGGUAUGUUGUUGAAAAGGAUGUGCAAAACAAUGUUGUUUUUAUUUCAAGAAACUAUUUUUCAUUGGACAAAAGGCGGCGCACAUUCCGUGUAGGAUCACUGAAGUGGUUUAGCGGCUCGACACCUGAGAUGCAAGAUAGGCUCCGAUGUAAGUCCUAUUUUCAGGUUCGACAUGGCCCCAGUUUCUACGACUGCAGCUUAAGACUAGAAACAAAUGGAGAUGGAAAUGAGCAAACUGCAGUGGUACACCUAUCUGAAGACGACCAGGGUUUAGCAGCUGGUCAGUUUACUGCCUUCUACCAUGACAAUAUAUGCCUUGGUUCAGGUGUUAUCCUUGACUCCUGGGAUAACGUGCAUUUCCCUGUCUGUUCAAAGGCUAUGGAGAUUGCCAGAAUGAAAGACAAAUCUAAACUUGGGAAGCCAAUUAGGAUAUUAAACCUUGAUUCUCAUUCUAAAGCAAGCUUGAAAACAAAUGAACAAUCUGCAGAUCUACAGCGUUUUUCCGCCUAACAAAGCAGGUGGAGGUAACAGUCUUGGCGUUUGCUAACCACACUAUUUGACUUGUUUUCUUCUAUACUAAUUGAAACUGAUAGAAGCUCUAUUCUCUUCAUAUCUGUAAAAAAACUCAUUGUUUAUGUUCAAUCAUAUUUGACUUGAUAAUUACCU